GUACUGUGGGAUAUGUCACACAGAUCUCCAUAUGGCAAAGAAUGAAUGGGGCAUGACCUCCUAUCCACUUGUUCCUGGGCUGCAGUUGGUUCUUUAGAUGGUAUCAUUGAUACAGUUUCGAUGAAUCAUCCCAUCGGACCUCUGACUGGAUUACUGAAGUCUCAUGGAAAACUUGUAAUGGUUGGUGCACCAGAUAAGCCUUUGGAGAUUCCUGUCUUUCCUUUACUUUUGGGAAGAAAGUUGGUUGCUGGAAGUGCGAUUGGAGGGUUGAAGGAGACUCAAGAGAUGGUUGAUUUUGCUGCUAAACACAGUGUGAAACCUGAUGUUGAAGUUAUUCUUGUGGAUUAUGUUAACACCGCAUUUGAGCGACUCUUGAAAGCAGAUGUCAAAUAUCGAUUUGUGAUUGACAUUGGAAACACUUUGAAACCAGCUUCUUAAAUUUUGCAUAACUUUAGUGUUUGAAUUUCGGGCAGUUUCUAAAUCACUGAAACAAAUAAUGUUUUGUUUUAUCCAAUUUUCGCAAUUUGUUUAUUAUUGGGGUGUGAACAAAGGUUUUGGACUAUGAGAUCAAGUGUCUUUAGGCUAAAAUGA